AUGACUUCGCUCAACUUGGAUAGCCUUCCUCCUUCCAUCAUGAUGGCUGAAAGUCAACUCUUGGAUCAAACGCCCCGAUCUGCUGUUUCAAAUCAAUCAUUUAGUAAGAAGAACAAUUCAAGCAAAACAUCAACCUUACCCGAUAGCAUUGAUUUCGGAGUAGAACCAACCUCCGAAAUUAUUUUAUCUGAUGAUGAUUCCAAUCAUCACAACAACAACAAUACGACGAAAAAGAGUGGCAAAAAUGUAGAGGAUGAUGAAAUGGAAUUUCGAUUUUCUCAAUACCAAGAUGAUGACGACGAGGACCAACAGGAAAAUACCACUUCCGAUCAAGACCAACAACAAAAUAAUCAACUCUCACCUUCUUUGAUCCCAUCUUCUCAAGAGAGUAGUCCCAGUGUUAAACUAAGCUCUUCAUCAAGCAAAAAGAAAUCUAAAAAGAAAAUAACUAACGAUUACCCUUCCACACAAGAGCAAGCUGAAUCGGAUGAUAAUAAUGAGUCACCAAAAACUAAAGAAACAACACCUAAUUUUUCAUUAUCUGAUAACGACAACAUGGACUCUAAAAAGUAUUCCCUUCGAAAAACUCCUGUUAGAAAAUAUCAAGAAACCAAACGUAAAAAACAUCAAUUGAAAAAACAAAAACAAGCAGUUCAAACAAGUGACGAUGACUCAGUAGUUGAAAAUGCCAUGGACUCAAGCGAUGGAAUUCCUGAUGAGGAUAUUGAGAUAAUGGAAGCAAACGCAAAGAAAAGAGAAGAAACAGAAGAGGAGCGCCAACAACGACUAGAAUUGGAAAAACAGAAAAAACAAGAAGAACUGAAGCAAAGAAAAAAGAGAUUAGAAGCAUUAUCAAAUUCUGUUGGAAAGAAAAAAAAACAUAAGCCUAUAUACAUUUCUGACGAUGAGGAAGACAUUUCAGUGUUAGGAAGUAGUAGCGUAAAGCAAAAGAAAGAAUCGCCUCCCUCUUCGCCUUUGCAAUUUGAUGCUGAAGAUGACGAUAGUGACCAACUUAAUGAUCUCGAAAGAGAAGUCACCAAGUACAAUCCACUCUUGUCAAAGAACAAGAAGAAACCUCUUAAAUUUAGAACCGAAAAACAACCAAGUUCAAGAAAAUCAAAAAAGAAGGAGCAAGAAGAAGACGAAGAAGAAAUUGAAGAUUCAGAAUCUCAACCAGGAAUGAUGCCAAUGAGCCAGUUUAUUGUCAGUGACGAUGAAAUGGUGGAAGAGGACGACGAUGACGAUCGAGAUGGGAGCGAGCAACAAGAAAGCAACUACUCAAGAAGUGUUUACAGACAAGUUGACAUGAUGCAAAAUAAUCAAGAUUCACAAGAAAUACUAUCAUUUUUAACCGGAGAAACUCGCAUGACCACAGAUUUGAAAUCUUCUUUUACCACUUACAUACACUUUUUAACCAGUCAUUUAUUAGAUGAAGACUUUAUCAAAUCGCUAACGUCAAUCAAGCAUAGAGCUCAGUUCGUAAGUGCUGUCAAAAUGGUUGAAGGAAAAUUGGCAACCAUGAAAGAUAGCUUACUCUUUAGUUCGGCUUGGAAAAAAAGACACAAAUAUUUGCUUCAGUACUAUCCUAUUAUUAAGACACGAGAAAUUUCAUUGAAAGAUACAGAAAUUAAGGAAAAUAAUAACUUUUGCCAAGCAUGUGGACGUAAAAACCAUCACGCAGAAUAUUGCUUAAUCUUCAAACCUCCUAGAGCUACGAUAAAAUACGAAUUUAAUUCAGGAGCCAAUAUUGAAUGGAUUGACUCGCCUAACGAAGAUGAAGAAGAUGAUCUUAUUCAAUUAUCCCAAAGAAGAGCAACAUCCAAGAAAUCCAAACCUCAUUUUCUCACUCAAAAAGAGAAGAGCUUUGUUGGAUCUACUUGCUACAAAAGAUCCUUACUUUAUCACAGUUUCCAACACUACAAGUUUCAUCUCAUUCAACACAUUAUUUCAAAAAUUGACAAAAUAGCAGAAAGUUACACCGGCGAAGAAGAAAUAACAAGUGACUAUAUUUUGGAAAAAAUUUUAUCAAAGAAGAGCUGGAUUGAUGGCAUGUUUAGAAAGUACAUCAAGCUCACGGAAGAAGCCGAAGCAAAUUAUGCCAAUUCCAAAGAAACAGGUGUUAUUGAUAUUGUAGAUGAGUUGUUUGAUGUUUACGAUUCUGAGGAAGAAGUAAAGGAUGAUAAUCUCUCGGAUGGUGGAGAUGGAGAAGGAUUCAUUGUUACAAACACGAGUGGUGGUUUGAGAUUUAAGAGAAAGAAACCAAAGAGUGACAGUGAAGAAUAUGAAAAUGAUCCUAACUUGGUGCAAGACACUCAACAACAAGAAGAGCCAAACUCUAAACAAACAAAGAUCGCAAAAUCAAGUAGACAAGAUGAAGAACAUGGUGUUGUGUUCGACGUCGAGGACGACCCUCCUAAAUCACCCUCCCUAGUCGGUGAUAAGAAGACCUCAAAAAAUUCCAAGAAGAAGGAGGAAGAAGAUUUUUCAAAAUUACUCGACGUUUCAUCUGAUGACGACAUAUUUGAUAUCACUAUUUAA